AUGUCCGAGACCACCGCGGUGGUGGCGGAUGCGGUGGAGCAUCGCCCGGGCACCGAGCGGGCCCAGCGGCGAGAGGACGGUGGUGGCGGUGAUGGUGGAGCGGACGAGCGGGAGCUCAAAAAGGAUGGCUUCGAAGGUGGACCGUUCCGGCAGCGGCGUGAAUUGCUGGCGGCUUCACCAUCGUCGUCCUCCCUUUCGUCCGGAGCGGGAACGGGAUGGACCGGUACCGGGGAGUCACCGUUGGUGGAUGAGGCGGGCGAGUCGGGUGAGGCGGCCACUCCACGCAAGCGGUACACGCCGGCGUCCGGGGGCAACCGGAAGCGGUACACGGCGUCGCAGCUGCUCGCGUUACGUGACACCAAUCUGUCGAAGGUUCGGCCGCUCUGCAUGGACCCGAAAUCGGACAAGCACCUGAAGAUGAUCUCGAUCCUGGUGCGUCGCAGCGAAACACCCUACGACGAGGACACUGGAGCUGGCGGUGGUGGAGGCGCAGGUGGCGGUGGUGGUGGUGGAGGAUACGGCCGUAAUCGAUCGUCGUACGGUCCCGGUGGUGGCAACUCAUCAUCCGGACUCGGCAGCGGUGGUGGAGGCACGGGUGGACUCUCGGGCAACGGUGGCAGCGGUGGCGGCGGUGGUGGUGGAAUGAGCUCCGGACGAGGUGAGAUGCGGCGAUCGGUAGGUGGAGGCGGUGGAAUGGCCGACCCGAAGGAACGGCUGCGCAAGGAGGAAGGCAUCAUCCUGUCACCGCAACGCCGUUCAUUCAACAUGGGCUGCCAGAUGCCUUCUGCACCGGCUUCAUCCGGUUCCGGUGGGCUCGGUCUCUCCGGUAACCUUCUGCGCUCGGACCGCGACAUGCUAGGUGGAAGCGGUGGAGGAAACGGCGGCGGCGGUGGUGGUGGUGGUGGUGGCGGCCGUGAGCGACGCAUCGGAAGUGGCCGGAUCAUGGCGCGUGAUAGCAUGUGGGACUACCGGAUGGAAUCGGGUGAUUAUCGCUCCGGCAACGGUGGCCAAUCCGGUUCCGUAGGUGGCUUCCGUGGCGAUCGGGAUCAGGGCCGUGACGGCAAGGAUGGCAAGGAUGGACCGCGCGGGCGGAACGAUCGUGACCGUGGCAUGCAGGAUAAGGACUACCGGAUGGGGGAUCACGACGAUGGGCGCGGGUACGAGCGGGAUCGACGUGGCAACUACGACAAGGAAGGUGGCCGUGGUCCGAUGCGAGGUUUCCACUCGAAGGGUGGUUACGGUGAUGGCCACGGUGGUGGCCGUGGUGGUGAUGGUUCGUACUUUGGAGGUUACAACAGCUACGGUGGUGGCGGUGGCCAUCAUUACGGCUCGAACAGCACCAAUCAUCACCAUCAUCAUCAUCAUCACGGUGGUGGGUCGUAUGCGGACCGUCGCCGGUACAAUAGCGACAACGGUCGGGACAAUGAGGAACCGGAAUGGUUCAGCGAACCGACGUCCCAGCACGAUACGAUCGAAUUGCGUGGCUUCGACGAAACGGUGUCCGAGCAUGGCAGCGAAUCGGCGGGCGAAGGUGGUCAGUCGGGUGCGGAGGGUACGGCAGCCGAUUCCGGGCCAUCCGAUUCCGCGCAAUCGAGCGAAAGAAGAUCCACGACGGCGCAGGUUGCAACGGAACAGGACACCGGAGACGCUGGCAAAGAGCGAGAAAGCGAAGAGAGUGGUACGAUGGGGGAUGGGGGUGAGAAUGGACACCGAGGCUCCCCGCAGGUGGAUGAAGACGCUACGGAGGAGGAGAUACUUGCCCUCGAGGAGAUGUACCACGAACGGGCGAAGAACACCAACACCAACGUCGAGGACGACAUCCUUGCGAUGCAGGAUAUGCAUCACGAGCGCUUGAAGAACAACGCCGCCAUGGAGUUGUUCCGCAUGGAGAUGACCAAUUACACCUCGCUUUUGGCUGAAGCGACGCGGGAAAGCGGAGUGUCGCGCUUUUCACAGUUCUUUCGGCAGGAUAAUGGUGCCGGUGGUACGGGUGGAAAGGACAGACGCAGCCGCCAGAACUCCCUGCAAGAGGACAUUGACAAAAUCGUGAAGGACAUCAGCACAUUUGAUGGUGCCACGGAUGGUGGUGGUGGUGGUGGCAGCAAAUACUUCACCCCGAUCUCACCGGCCGCCACGUCCGAAUCCUCGCAGGCGUCCUUUCUCGAGCUGUUCAAUCGAUCAGCAACCGGGAAGGGUCAACUGGAACCACCGACGAUGCCACAACAGCAGCUGUUCCGACGCGCGAAUCUCGACCAGCGAGACGAGCUUAACCAACAGCUGCAAAAUCGCAGCUUGCAGCAGAUACUGGGUGUGUCGGGGAGUGGUGGUAACGAACCCGGAACCGGAACCGGAACUGGAACCGGUUCGACCAUGCAGGGAGGUGAGCAAGCACCACCGCCGGUUGUACCCGUUAUGGGCACGAUGCCAAGCCCGGCCAAUUUGGGUCAGGUGCAUAGUGUGGAAGAGCUGGAGGCUCGUUUCCGUUUGUCCGACAUGAAUGGAUCGGGUGCGGGUGACGGGGAACCCGGUGUCGGUGUAGGAGGUGGGCGGGCAUCCGGGCCGAAUGAGGACCCGUUCCCGUCCGGUGCACCGUCCGCGGGAGGUGAACAGCUUGGUUUGAAUCCGAUUCCACGACUGAUCAUGCCGGGUAAUGAUCCGGCAGUGCUGGAGGGUAAAAUCCGCCAGCAGGAGUUGCUUGCGUUUAAGAAGCUGCUGAAUCAGAUGAGCGAAAAUCAUGGUAUGAAUGGUACGGCACCGCCCCCACCACCACCACCCCAGCAGCAACCUCAGCUUCAUCCUCAGCAGGCUGCGGUGCAUAUCGCACACAUUGGAGUCGUCCCUGGCACAUCGCAACCGCAACUUCCGGUUGGGGCUAUUCCGAUCACGGGCGCGACCAUGCCAAACAGUGUACCAGGGAUGUAUCAGGUGAUGCACGUGGGACCGAUUGCGACUGGUAACGAGCAACGUCACAUUGAGCUGCAGAAGCGACCGGAAACACAAGCCCUCAUGUUUGCGGUUGCCCGUGGUGACAUCACGCAGCACAGCCUCUGGCAACAGCUCACCAAUCCGGCCACAUCGCAGGCACACCGGGAGCUCAUCUCGACGGUGCUGACCAACUGUAAUGGUGGAUCGCGUGUGGUAUCACCCAGCCUGGUGGUUAACCCGAACACCAUCCAGCCACCGAUGCCGAUCCCACCGCCAGCUGGUGCUGCCUCGGCCAACGCAAACCUGCUCUUCCAUCCGAAGCAGCAGGUGCGUUUGUCGCCACUACCGAAUGGUGGCAUGCCGCAGCGUAUUCCAUCGCCACGCGAGCUGCAGUAUCACACGCAGUCGAUUUUGCAGAAUGCGCUGAUACGCAAGAAGCUCGAGGAGCAGCGUGAGAAUUAUCGCAAAAGACAGGAGCAGCAGCAGCAACAGCAGCAGCAGCAGCAACAGCAGCAGCAACAGCAACAGCAGGCUCAACAACAGCCACAAGCUUCGCAGCAACAGCAACCGCAGGCUCAGAUGCAACAGGGGCAACAAUCGCAGACGCCGCAACAACAACAACAACAGCAACCACAGCAACAAUCCCACCAUCCAGAGCAAGCGGCACCACCAUCAGAGGCAAACAUGCAAUUAAAGGAGCAACAGCAACCGUUGCUGCACGCCGGGCCACCAGCACAGCCACCACAACAUUUCCCGCAUCUUCCGCCGCAACAGCAGCAGCAGCAGCAACAGCAACAGCAACAUCUGCCAUCGGCCGGAGCGGGUCCGGAACCGCGCCAUUCGCAACAUUCCGAUGCGGGCGAACAACAACAGCAGCAGGGACCGCCACCCAUGCCACCACCGCCCCUUCCGGGUCAAGCGAUUAUUGUUCCUCCUGAUUACGUCGUGGUCACACCGGCCGCCACCUACCUGAUGAAGGGUCCGGUUCCGCCGCAGCGCUUGUUCGGUUGCGCCACCGUAAGCUCGGUUUCACCCUCGAAGCAGAUGAUGCCACAAUCGCAACAGGUCGCCUCACCGACGCCGCUUGCAUUUACGCCCACGUCCGUGCUGCGGAAGAUGACCGCGGCUCAGGAGAAGGACAACGCGGACAAUCCGACACCGCAUCAUGAGCAGCAGCAGCAGCAGCAGCAGCCGCCACAGCAACAGCAGCAGCCGCCGCAACAGCAGCAACAACAACCACCGCAACAGCAGCAGCAGCAGCAAUCCCAGCAACAGCAACCACAACAACAGCAAUCGCAGCACAUCUCUCUUGUGGAAGCCGCCCGCAUGGGUGUCAACCAGCAGCAACAACAACAGAAACCAUUUCCACUGCACCCACACGGUGGCCAGUACCCGGGGAUGCAUGCGUUGCAAGGUGCUCACCAACCAGCUCCGCAACAGGCUCAGCCAGGCCAGUUUACCCAAGACGCUCAACCACCGGAUCACCAGCAACACCGCAACAUGGUCGGGCUGGUUGGACAAAGCGGUACCCCGUUUGGGCCACAAGGUGGUCCUCACCCAUCACCGCUUAGUAUCCUGCACCAGGCGGGUAUCGGGCAUGUUGCUGUGCCACCGGGAGCGCCCAUCAUCAUCUCGCCGGCGGCAUUACGUGGCGGCAUCAUUUUACCGGCGCUCUCCAACAACAUUCCAUGGAAGCAACCCAGCGUGUCGCAAGCACAACAGCCGCAACCAAGCAGUGGCCAGCCGAUUCUGCCGCCACAGCUUCUUCAACAACAGCAGCAACAACAACAGCAACAACAACAGCAACAACAGCAGCAGCAGCAGCAGCAGCAGCAUAUGUCUCUGCCAAAACCGCAGGGAAGGCCAAUUUUGAAGGGUGGAAGCGGAAACGGUGGCCAAAUUUCACAACAGCAGCAACAGCCGCAGCCGCAACAACCACAGCAAUCACAACAACCACAGCCGUCGCAACAGCCACAGCAACAGCAGCAACAACAACCGCAGCAAAUGCUGCUUCAUUCACUGCCCCAGCACGCACUUCCACCCAUGUCCGGUCCAAUGAACUUCUCUGGUAACAUGGAUUUCCAGCAGCAGCAGCAGCAGCAGCAACAACAACAACAACAGCAGUUCAACAACAAUCGCAGCGGAAAUCCUAUCCUCGGUGCGCACCAUCCCAUGGGGCCACCAACGCAGCAACAGCAGCCACCAAGCAUGGUGCAGGGUCAGCAGCAAACGCCUCAGCAGCAGCAACAGCAGCAAAUUUCACCCGACAUGUUCAAUCAACACAUGCAGCAGCUUCUCCAUCAACAACGCCAGCAGCAGCGCGCCAUCCGUAAUCAACAUGUACAGCAACACAUGGGCAUAGGGCCGCAGCAACAGCAACCAUUCCGGCUGCCUGGUAUGGCGCCCGGUAAUCAGCAGCUGCAGCAGCAACAGCAGCAACAGCAGCAGCAGCAGCAGCAGCAGCAACAGCAGCAACCGCAACACCAACCGAACGCAUCCGGAACCACCAUCAACGCGGCACCCGGUAACGUGAUGAACUACAACCGCGAUGGUGGGUUGUCGCCGACCAGCAACCAACUGGCCCGCUGGUUCUCUCCCGAGUUGCUCGCCCAAGCCUCGGCUGGUAAGCUUCCGUCGCUCAACAUCGGUCAAGUGAUGAGCCUCGAGGAGUUUGAGCGCAACAUCCAGCACUCGUCGACCACUGUACAUAACUAG